AUGUAUAGCAUCAUCGCUGUACAUGGUCUGAAUCCUCGAAACAAGAAUGCAUCCGAACAUGCCUGGGAUACAUGGCGUACACCUUAUGGUCCAAUAGGGCACCUAUGGCUUCGAGAUGUCCUUCCCCAAUCUCUCCCCGACUCACGAAUCUUCCUAUACCAAUACAAUGCUACGGCAGUUUAUAGCCAAGAUCGAGAUACAUUCAUCGACAAAGCGAACGAGUUACUUGAAGCAGUCCGAAUUGAAAGGGAGGAGAUUGAAUCAAGGCCCAUCAUAUUCCUAGGCCAUAGCAUGGGCGGAUUAUUGAUUAAGCAGGCCUUGAUUAACGCUCAUAAUAACCCAAAGUACAUGACUCUUAAAGAUGCUACAUGGGGCCUAGCUUUCUUUGCUACACCCCAUAAUGGUGGGGAUUGGAAGUUGGUGAGCCUGGGGGGCAUAGCUACUAAGAUUGCUGGAGCAUUGGGUUUCCGGAAGGGCGACAACAUUAUUGAGGUACUGAAAACCGGUAGUAUGUUUUCGGAUAUCAUGCAAGAGCAUUGGCGACACCGUCUAUUAGACUACAGCAUCCUUUCUUUCUGGGGUUCGUUGGACGACGCCGUUCCAAGGGAGAGUGCUCGACUGGGUUUACCUGGCGAUCGGGAGAAUAUCAUCAAACUUGACGCAGACCACAUCGGUGUGUGUAAAUUCGGAACAAGCCAAACCGAUCUGGAUAACCUCAAACUUGUGCGUGCCAAUCUUCGGGACAUGUACAAGGAGGUACUUAAGAAACAUAGUCAUCUGCCUUGUCAUUACACCCCUCUCGCCGAGAACAAACGAUUCACUGGACGAGAAGGCAUCUUGUACAGAAUAGAAGAAAUGUUCCUCUGUCGAGAUAAAUAUCGGAAGCUGUCUAUUGUUGGUUUGGGAGGUAUAGGCAAGACUCAAGUUGCCCUCCGAUUUGCAUAUUGGGUGAAAGCCAAGCAUUCCGAACACUCUAUCCUCUGGGUGCCUGCCCUCAGCAGCGAGACGUUUGAGCAAGCUUACGCAGAAGUAGCCAAGCGGCUUGACAUACAGGUUGGCCCAAAUGAACAGGACUUGAAAGAAUCAGUGCAACAAUACUUCAGCUCGGAUGAAGCUGGGAAGUGGCUUCUAAUUCUGGAUAACGCAGAUGAUAUCGAGCUAGUUUUGGGAUCCUCUGGCAAGCUAAGUGGCCUGUGUAAAUACUUACCCCAAAGCGAGAAUGGCAUCAUCCUGUUUACUACGCGAUCGACAGAAGUUGCCAUAUCUGUCGCCGGGAAUGAUGUGGUCAACCUACAGGAAAUGGAUUUGCAAGAGGCAAGAUCUUUGUUUGAGAGGUGCUUAGUCCGUGGGGGAGUUCGCCCAGACGAGAACGAAAUAUCCGAGCUUCUUCAUGAGCUAACUUGUCUUCCAUUAGCGAUUUCACAGGCUGCUGCAUAUCUAAAUCGGAACAAAAUGCCAGUCAAGAAGUAUCUAGAGUUUCUACGAGGGACAGAAAAGGAUAUCUUGUCUUUCGAACAGAUCCGCAAGUCUGAUGGGGUAGCUGCGGACCUACUCGCGUUCCUUUCUUGCAUCGAGCCAAAGGCUAUACCCCAGUCUAUCCUCCCCGGCGCACAGUCUGAAGAAACGGAAUAUGCUAUUGGGACGUUAUGUGGGUACACGUUUCUAGUACGACGAGGUGAAAACAACGUAUUUGACAUGCACAACUUGGUACAUAUCGCAACAAGAAUUUGGAUUCGACAGUCCCGGCGCGAAAAAGAAGUCACUAUUACAUCACUUUGCCACAUCGAAAAACUAUUCUCACGUAAAAUGAAGCGAAGAGAAUAUAAGCGAUAUUUUCCACAUGUGUUUCGUAUCCUUGAUGAAAGCAAGGAUCAACUACUACAGGAGCGAUUUGACUUAUUCUACAAGCUUGGGGUCUGCCUGUUCCUAGAAUCCAGGUGUAAAGAAGCUAUGAAGGCAAUGGAAAAGAGUUAUAAAUGGAACAAAUAUCAUCUUCUGGACAAUGAUAGCUUCCGGCUUGAGGUGGAGGUUCAACUGGCAAUCACGUAUACGUCACUGGGACUGAGCAAAAAUGUGAUCGAAAUAUUAAAGGACGUCGUGGCUAUAGAUCAGAUAGGACGAACGAAAAAGAGCCGGGAACUAUUAUAUUUAGGGUUUUUGUUAGGAUGGGCAUACGUGAUGGAGGGAGGGGUUAAGAGUAUACAAAGGGCUAUGUUUCCUGAGGAUAGCCAUGAUCGAUUGUUCAAUGUCGAGUUUGUGGCGCGGGCAUAUCGAUUUCGCGGACAUAUUAGGGAAGCAAUGAAUAUUCUGGAACGUACAGUGGCUAUGCGGAAAACAUUUCCACCAGACAGCGUCUCCAGAUUCGACCCAGAGUUAGAGCUAGCAGUUGCAUACCUUGACCGCGGAUAUGUUAGGAAACCGACUCAGCUACUAGACCACGUCGAACUUAUAGCUGAGACAACACUACCAGAAGAAGACAUGACGCGACUAUACACGGCGACAUACCUAUCUGAUAUUUAUAUCAAUAAUGGCCGGGUUGAGAAGGCCGUCGAGAUGCUAGAGCAUGUCAUAGAUGUGUAUAAGAGAACUCAACCAGAGGAUUACCCUCGCCGACUUAUAGCAGAGAAGAUCUUGGGGAACGCAUAUAUAAAGUGCGGGAUGGCUACGAAGGGCUUUGAACUCUUAGAUUAUGUUAUGGCGAUGGAGGCAAAGAAAUAG